AUGGGCGACGACCGCAAGGGCAUCUACUUUGGCGCCAUUGACGCUAGCGCUAGCGACGGGCAGGCACGUCUUGCCAGUGAUGCGUCCACUGUGACCGCCAGCGGUGAGGUAACCAUCCGUGUGGGUAACGUGAACGUGUCGGACGCCGUGGAGACUGAAGUGCUGGAGUUGUCCGAGAGCAGUCGCGCCGCCCAGGAGAAGCACGCGCAGCUUUUGCGACGCGUUGAAGCAGAGAAGCGCGCGCGGAAUGUCUCAGUGCCUACAGUGGUGGAAGAGGUUAUCCGAAGGUUGCGGCAGCUUGGCGAGCCGGUUACGUUGUUUGGCGAGCGACCAGCGGAUCGUCGCGAACGACUGCGCGAUAUUUUGUCGCGACUGGACGUGGAAGCAGAAGAGAAUGGCUAUGUCCGUCAAGUUUUUGGAGACAUUGAGAAGCAGGAGAUUGCAGCAGACGCUGCUGGCGACGAGAGGGCUGCAGGAGCUGGAGAGACUGCUACUGGUAAACUCUCGAAGGCUCACGAGAGUCAGCUGUUUUAUGUACCGCUUACGAACGAGAAGCUGAAGAAGGUGCGGGCUACUAUUUUUGCGCACGCUUCGAGUGCAACAGAAGCUCGGCUGAAGCGAGAGAGACAGGGGAGGAGUAUGAGUGCGGAAGAGCGAGCCCGGGUUGUAGAUCAGUACGCUGCAGGGCUUUACUCUACGGCACAAAAGAUGGCGAACGUUGCAAGUCAGAACGGUGAUGUGCGUCCAAUUUCGGCCGUGAGGUUUUCAGCUGAUGGUGGACAUGUGGCCACGGGGUCUUGGAGUAGUCUGGUUAAGGUCUGGGAUGCAACGAAUGCUAAUGAGGUCAAGGUCUUUCGUGGACAUGAAGACCGUGUGACUGGAGUGGCGUGGCAUCCGACCAAGACCUUUUCUGAGAUGACGGAUAGCGAAGAUUCCGUCUGUCUGUGCAGUGGCUCAGCUGACGGAACUGCAAGGCUCUGGAGUGCGGGUCGCAAUGAGCCUUUGGCUGUGUUGGAGGGUCAUAAGGCAAGGUUGGGCAAAGUGGCUUUCCAUCCGCUUGGCGACUACGUUGGCACAACAAGUUUUGAUCACACAUGGCGUCUUUGGGACGUUGCUACAGCAAAAGAACUGCUUUUGCAAGAAGGUCAUUACACGGAGGUGUAUGCCAUCGCAUUUCAAAAAGAUGGCGCGUUAGCAGCAACAGGCGACUUGGACGGGAACGGGCGCGUGUGGGAUCUACGGUCUGGUAAGGCCGUAUUGCCCUUGCAAGGACAUUCCAAGCAGAUUUUAUCCAUGGACUUUGCUGCUAACGGUGUACAGAUUGCGUCGGGCAGCGAUGACCGCAGUGUUCGUAUCUGGGACCUAAGACAGCAGAAAUGCUCGUAUAUGAUCCCGGCUCACAGCAAGCUAGUGAGCGACGUCCGCUUCUCACCUGCAUCGAGUGAGCUCUUGCUGAGUGCGUCAUAUGACUCGUCCAUUAAGCUGUGGAGAACGCGUGACUGGAAACUAAUGACAACAAUGCGUGGACAUGACGGCAAGGUCAUGUCGGCUGACUUUGCUCCAGACGAGAAGCAUCUGGUGUCUUGCGGCUCUGAUCGAACUUUCAAGCUAUGGGCCCACGAGAAUGAGUUCUAA